AUCAUAUUCACUGCGUUUUCCAGACAGACCUCGCUUAAAUUCAUUUUUCGGCCAAGGCAGUCAGACUUGGUGUACAGAUUUGUUGUUUCCGUUUUUCACAUUUCCUGGUCCACGGUUUCCGUACGCUCACGAAGGAGGGGACGAGCCAGGAUAUACGAAUGAAAUGUUUAUAGCUGUUAUGCAUGUGAUGUCUAUGGAAUUAAUUGAGCGACGUACUGGCCAAAAUUUAUCUCCGUUUAUUGUGUACAUGAACAGAUACCCGCACCCCCCGUACGUAAAGGAUUAUGAGUUGAAAUCUUUGCAACUGGUAUUUCCAAUGUUUAUAAUGCUGAGUUUCAGUUAUACUGCUGUGAACAUUGUCAGGGCUAUUACCGUUGAAAAAGAAUUGCAAUUGAAGGAAGCAAUGAAAAUUAUGGGUCUACCUACAUGGUUACAUUGGGCGGCAUGGUUUUGCAAGCAGUUCAUUUAUCUCUUCUUUGUCGUAGUAUUUAUUGUUAUUAUCAUAAAGGUGCCAUGGUUUUGGACAAUGCAGGGCUACCGCGAGUUCGCAGUUUUCACGAUUACCCCGUGGGAUAUAUUGUUUAUGUUCCUGAUACUGUAUGCUAUAAGCACAAUAUUCUUUUGUUUCCUGAUGAGUGGCCUAUUUUCAAGAGCCAACACAGCGUCAUUGUUCACCGCUGUAUUCUGGUUUUUAACCUACAUACCGGCUUUCUUGGCGUCAGUGGAAGUGAGAAUGCCAAUAAUUGUACAGAUAAUCACUUGCCUCAGCCUCAACACUGCGAUGGCUCACGGGUUUUCGAUCCUAUUAUCCCAUGAGGGUGCUGGAGGUAUGCAAUGGGACACAUUUUUCUAUUCUCCAACAGAAGAAAGUCCUCGUCUUCUAUUCGGCCACAUAGUCAUAAUGAUGAUUGUUGACUCGAUUUUGUACAUGCUCUUGACCUUGUAUCUCGAGCAGAUUUUACCUGGACCCUUUGGUAGCCCGCAAAAGUGGAAUUUCAUAUUCGAUAAAAGUUACUGGAUGGGUAUCUCAGCGACAGAUGAUGCACCACUGAAAGGAUAUAGUAACGAAAACAUAAUCGUAAAAGAGGAGGACCCAAGUGGACAUACUGUUGGAGUAAAAAUAAAGAAUCUAACAAAAACGUAUGGUACAUUCACUGCAGUGAAUAAUUUGUCUCUCAACAUUUAUCAUGAUCAGAUUACUGUAUUACUUGGCCAUAACGGCGCUGGUAAAUCCACUACCAUUUCUAUGCUCACAGGAAACGUGCGUAUUACUCGAGGGUCAGUGACUGUGGGUGGCUACGAUAUUACCACACAGACAGUCAAAGCUCGAACCCAUUUGGGUCUGUGUCCACAACACAACGUAUUAUUUAAUGAGUUAACGGUUCAUGAGCACUUGGAGUUUUUCUCUAGAAUAAAAGGAUUAAAGGGACCGACCAUGUAUGCAGACAUAGAUACGACUAUCAAAAAAUUGGAAUUGGAAUCAAAGAGAAAUUACUCUUCUGCCGGGCUAUCGGGUGGACAGAAGCGACGGUUGCAAGUGGGAAUAGCACUCUGCGGUGGAACAACCGUCGUCUUGCUAGAUGAGCCGACGUCCGGUAUGGAUCCAGCUUCGAGACGAGCUCUUUGGGACUUGUUGCAGAAGGAAAAGAAGGGUCGAGCGAUGAUUCUAACAACUCAUUUCAUGGAUGAAGCGGACAUCCUCGGCGAUCGCGUCGCAAUAAUGUCAGCUGGUUGCCUCCAGUGCGUUGGUAGUCCUUACUUUUUGAAACAACAUUUCGGUGCGGGCUAUACUCUGGUUAUUGAGAAGUCAGAAUCCUUCGACGUUGACGCUUGUACUCAGCUAUUGAACAAAUAUAUUCCAAACACUGUUGUCAAAGAAGAUCGAGGCACCGAAGUUACUUAUGCUUUGUCAAACGAGUACGCCCACAUUUUCGAAGAAAUGCUGUCCGACUUGGAGAGAAACCAAAACAAUAUAAAGUUUGAUAGUUACGGGCUUGUUGCAACUACGCUUGAAGACGUUUUCAUGGCGGUGGGUUCAGAAGUGUAUAGUGAUGAUGAUUUACCUAACGAUCCCUCGUCAGCACGAGCUUUAGAUGAAAAAACUAUACAAUGUAAUUGCGGUAAAUGUGGUAAUAUCUUCAUUGCGACUGGUGAACCAGGCCGUUGCUUGUUUGACGUUCCACAACGAUAUUGUAGUGCAGAAACUAAAAUUCCCGACGAUGAAAAAUGCAAGUUUGACCCUGCAUUGCGGUGCUACUGCGGAAGGGAGCAUAUGUUGCUAGAAAGUCCCGCCGAUAAAUUUGCGUGUGAUGUGGAUAGUAAAUGCGACAGAGAUAAAGGUGCCUCUACUAGUCGAAAGGAUGGCGGAAGACACUCUGAUAAUUUUGCCAAAGACGUCGAAACUAGCGGUGGCGAAUUUGACAGCAUUCGCGGUGCUGGCAAUACCAAACUAAAAGCCAUAACAGGGCAAAAAUUACUAAUUAAUCAAAUAUUAGCAACUUGGAUGAAGUUGUUUAUUGUCUGGUCGCGUUCCUGGACGAUGGUGUUGCUGCAGUUUCUGGCCCCCGUUUUGCUCAUUAACUCGACCCUUGCCUUGAUUGCGUAUGCUACUAGAACAUCGGAUAGCAUACAGAACAGGGCAUUAGUACUUACUAAAGGAUUUGCUGAAACUGAAACUCUUCUAAACUACGUUAAUACGGGUCUAAAUACUAUAGGCGCGUCAUCAGGACAAGCUUAUGUAGACAUUUUUAAUAAGGCCGACGUUGCAAAAAUGCGACUUACUGUUGUUAACGAAUCGAUAUCAGACUAUUAUCUUGAGAGAGCCAGUAAUCCUUUAACUUUGGGACAUCUGCGGAACCAAUUACUUAUUGGGGCAACAUAUGAAGAUAACCAAGCUGUAGCUUGGUAUAGCAAUUUCGGUCACCACGAUUCGCCAAUCUCCUUAGCCUAUGUCCAUGCCGCAAUAUUGCGGGGUUUGUGUGAACAAUGUAAGAUGACUGUGUACAACUAUCCACUUCACGCCCGGUACUCUCAUAAGAGUAAUUCACAAAUGAUAUUGCAAUUGCUAGCGUCGAUGCUUGCAAAUGGAAUUGGUAAUAGUGUUGGUAUUGUAAGCGCCAUGUUCGUCGUGUUUUACAUCAAAGUGACUCGAACCAUGCUUGCUCCAACUUGCAAAGCAAUCCAUAAACUUCUAGGCCACGACGGCUUUACCACAGCUGGUUGA